CACAUGUAAAUGGAGAAGCACAAAAACACAAAAGCACGAAAGACCCUUCCGUCUCACUGCACAGCUAAAAGGCCUGAGGCCGCUGUAUUAGACAAUGCCUUCAUCCGCAAGGACCCCUAUGGUGUGGUACUCAUCAUUUCGCCUUUUAAUUUCCCCUUUUACCUCACCUUAAUCCCUCUGGUGGGGGCCAUUGCAGCUGGGAAUUGUGUGAUCGUCAAACCUUCAGAGUUAAGCAGAUGCAGUGAAAAGCUCAUGGCUGAAGUGCUGCCUAACUAUCUUGACCCAGAGACGUUUGCUGUGGUGACAGGUGGUCAUAAACAAACUGCGAAAUUACUGGAGAACAAGUUCGAUUACAUCUUUUUUACAGGGAGUGCCCAUGUUGGAAAUAUUGUCAUCACUGCAGCAGCCAAACAUUUCACACCAUUGACUUUGGAGCUGGGAGGCAAAAAUCCCUGCUAUGUGGAUUCCUGCUGCGAUUUCCAGGCUGUAGCCAACAGAAUAGCAUGGGCAAAGUUCUUCAAUUCUGGCCAAUGUUGCAUUUCACCAGACUAUGUGAUUUGUACUGCUGAUGUACAAGACAAGCUGAUUCCCUGCUUACGUCAGGCUAUUCGUUCUUUCUAUGGCUGCAAUCCUCAGGAUUCCCCCGACUUUGGCCGCAUGAUCAAUGACAAGCAUUUCAAGCGUGUCCGUGCGCUUCUGGACUGUGGCCAAGUGGCCAUUGGUGGAGAGACAGAUGAGUGUGACCGUUACAUUGCUCCCACAGUGCUGGCUGACGUGAAGGAAUGGGAACCAAUCAUGCAACAGGAAGUCUUUGGACCCGUCUUGCCUAUUCUCACUGUGUCAUGCUUGGAUGAAGCCAUCCAUUUUAUCAAUUACAGGGAUCGUCCCCUGAUUGUCUUUGCUUUCUCCUGUAAAUCUGAGAUUGUGAAACAAGUAUUGGACUGCACCAGCAGUGGUGGCUUUUGUGGCAAUAAUGACUUGAAUCCUAUCGCAUUUGUCACACUACCAUCGGGUGGAAUUGGAUGCAGUGGGUUUGGCAAAUACCGUGGCAAGUUCAGCUUCGACACUUUCACCAACCAGCGUGGCUGCAACCUACGCGUCCUGUGCUUUGAAGAAUUCAAUUGUGUGCGCUACCCACCCUACACUGAACGCAAGCUAAGAUUGCUGGAGUUUGGUGCAGCUGUGUGGCGCUGGAAACUUUGCACCCUGCUGUGAACUCCCUGAACCACAGAAGCCUUAUGUUCCCUCAGGCUGCCCUGAGGAACUCAGUUGCUGUAGAGAAAAAGGGUUUCUAUCUAUUCUGCUAUUUCUAGAACCUCGUUAAACGGCCUUAAAAGUCUCCUGCAAAGACUGUGCCUUCUGCUGAAACCUUGCCCCCUGCCUUGGCUCCUUGUCAGUUAUCUUACCUCUAACCUUUUACACUUUAUAAUCCCAAUCUUGCAAGCCUUGUGUAAAAAAGUUGAAUAUGGUAUUAGGUAGAACAUAGCUGUAUUGCUCCGUUAUUCCUCGGCCAGUUGCUGGCAAGGCAAGAAAAGGCAAGGAACUAGUAAAUUUGCUUUGAGGUGAUUGGACAAUACAUCCUCCAUUUUUACACCAAUUUUUUUUCCCAAUUAGUACCAACUGGUACUGUUAACUGAAGAUGGUGCAAAGCUUUGAUACAAGAUGGCAGUUUAAUUUCCCCUUCAAUUAUUCUAUUUUGCACCCUGAUCUAUUUUUGCCUUCCCAAAAUUGAUCUAUUUUUGCCUUCCCAAAAUUGCUCUUAGAGCAAUAGUCAUCUACAUUAAUAUAGUAAAAGCAGACGGACAAAUGUUGAUAUGUCUCUAAGGAAUGCUAAGAGUCUAGGGAUGCCAGCUUCCCAGUGAUGGCUAUGUAAAGGCUAGGUCCUUAAGGCAGUUUGAUAACCAGAAGGAAAACCAAUGCUAGCAAUAGUAUUUCUGUCACUCAUAUAUCUUCCAUGUAACCAUGCCUGCUUAAAUAAACAUAACCUUUCUGGUAGGCCACAAUUCUUUCACUAUUACUUUCUGCAGAAUAAUCAUACCCUGAAGUCGGAUUUUUCAUCUCAUCAACAGCUACAGUUUGCGCCCAAGCAUUAUUACUCAUU